AUCGUUCUGCUUGCCAUCGCCGUCUUAGGAUGAGCAGAUAGCACUCCGUGGAAAAGAAACCCUGUCUCAAUUUCUUUAAUGUUAGAGACAGCAAAGCUUCCCUAUAUCGUAACGACUUCUUGUUGACUCUGUCGGCAGCACUGUGAAAUACACUUCGCCGUGCUUGGGCUGUAAAGACUUAGAGGAAAGCUAAGGCAGGAGGAGCCGAGUCUGUUCCAAGCUGCAUUCGCUCAGCUUCAUUCUCUGUGUCCAUCUAGGUCCUGCAGUACCGGACUUGGUGUCGAGAGUUGGAGCAGCAGCUGGAAGCAGGAGGGGGAUCCCUUCCAGGCAGGCGGGAAGCCACAGAAGACCACAGCCUGAAGAAAGCACUGCUUCAGUCGGAAGAGGAGCAGCAAAGGUGUGAGAAUCUGGCAGAAGUGAACGCUUUCCUGUGGGAGCACCUUGAUAAAGCGAAUGAGGUUAAUUCAGCCCUCAAAGAAGAUGUUGGAAAACUGACGGCGGAUUGGAUGAGGGCCCGGGCGGAGCUGGAAUUGAAGGAGAGUGAAUGGCGCGGUGAACGUGAGCUUUCUGACAACUACUUAAGGGGUGCACGUAACCGUCUGCUCAGCCUGUGGCGUCAGGUGGUAACCUUCCGCCGUCAUUUCCUGGAAAUGAAGACCGCCACUGACCGAGAUUUGUCAGAGCUGAAGGCAGAGCAACGGAGGCUUUCUGGAUCGGUACUUGUAAGCUGCUCCCGCCUGAACUCUGCCGUACGGCUCCGGGAGUCCGUCAGUCUGGGUAGACCUGUCCUGAAGGAUCAGGCACAGCAGGAGGCGGAAGAGGAAAUAAGCCAGAAGACUUGGGAAGCGAUGCACUUACAAGUCAAGGGGGACCUGGAGAAGAAGGAGCUUCAGGAGAGGCUGAAGGACUUAGGUGCGCUUGAAGGAAAACAUGCAUUAUUACAGAGUGAGUUGGUAGUCGCAGGAGAGACACUGGAGGAAUCGCACCUUCAGAGGGAUCUGCUGAAGCAAGAGAAACAUGAGCUUACCAUGGCACUGGAAAAGGCAGAGCAGGCAGUAGCAGAGUUGUCAGAGGCUCAGAAUAAGCUGAGCGCUGAAGCAGCUGAUCUACGUGUUGCAACCGCAAAGAUGAGCAGUAUGAAUGAAGCCCUUGCGUUGGAUAAAGUGCAACUGGGCAAACUUGUGUUGCAGAAUCUCCACUAUAAGCAAUAA